AAUGUUCUCGAUUGCCUCCAGAGAGAAGGUCAAAGAGAAGUGGGUCAAGGCCGCAGAGGUCCCUGGCAUAACAUGACCCCGUUCUUAGCUUAAAAUCUUCUCCCAACAAUUAGGCUCUGGUAGUUCAGUCACACUUCCGCUUGAACUUUCACACUUUCCAUUCACUCACAAGUCACAAGGCGCCUUCAGUGUUUGUUUUGAAGUUCCAGGCCUCUCUCUCACUUGACCAUUCCGGCCCAAGCAACAGGUACACUGAAUCUUGUGAGAGUUGAACGAUUCCUCGGUGCAGCGAAAACAACUCAAGAGUCGGAGAUCCACAGAAUUAGAAACCGCUACAAUGACCCGCACAGUAGUGAUUGGCAUUGACGACAGCGAGUUUUCAGAAUAUGCCUUUGACUUUUACACGAAACAAGCAAUGCUGAAGGGAGACGUUAUCAUUUUGGUCCAUGUGUCGGAGUACACGUCUCUCGUUCAGGCUCACCCUGUGGUGGUGACCGAGCUGAUCAAGGAAGAGGAGGUCAAGGUCAAACGUUUGGUCGACAGAUAUAGCGAGAAGAUGAAAAAACUUCAUCUCGGAGGGAAAGUGAAGCAAAUGGCUGGCAAGAGUGGCGAGGCAAUCAUCGCCGCUGCCCGAGAGGAGGGGGCGGGGCUUAUCGUCAUGGGAACCCGGGGGAUGGGCAAAGUUCGUCGGACGUUCCUGGGCAGCGUGAGUGACUACGUACUGCACCACUCGGAGGUCCCAGUGCUGGUGUGUCGACACCCACACUCAGAGGAGCACAAAAAGUAGAAUGAGAAUGCCCUAAGCUGAGCACUUUAGGGAAUGCCCAGUUGGUUACACGUUUUGUGACCAGGGUUUUUUUUGUUCACUCUUUAUUGAUGAAUCUCUUCCUUGUUGAUUGAGAGCUAAGGGAGACUUGCGUUUUGUUGAUAAUCUCCACCUCCACCUCUAUCUCUGAACUAUGUUGCUCUUUAAGUCUUUUAAAAUGAAAACCCUUGAGGACUUCCUCAUCUACGCAAUGAUCCCUGUACUAUGUCAUUCUUUGAUGCGAUGAUCCCAUAUUUUGA